GGCUCUAGUCUAUUUUUCUACAUCUUGGAGAAGAAUGGAGGAACUUGUUGUCAAACUCGGGGCGGAUGGCGUUCACAAAAAAGUAAUAUCUCCCGGAAAAGGAGAGCUUUCUUCGUUCCCAAAUGGAACAAAGGUCAAAUUUCAUUACCGUACUAGCCUUUGUGAUGGCACUCUGUUGGAUGACUCCAGGUCAAUGGGCGAUCGCAGCAAACCUAUGGAGCUCAUACUGGGGAAAAAGUUCAAACUACCCGUGUGGGAGCAAGUGGUAACCACUAUGAGGGAGGGUGAAGUGGCUGAAUUCACCUGUGAUGUCAAGCAUACAGCUCUCUAUCCUAUGGUUUCUCUGUCACUACGCAACAUCAGCAGAGGAAAAGACCCACUGGAAGGACAGAGACACUGCUGUGGAAUAGCCCAGGUUCACUCGCAUCAUUCAUUAGGUUUCCCAGAUCUGGAUAAGUUGCAGGCCAAUCCUCAGCCUCUAGUUUUUACUCUGGAAUUGCUGCAGGUCUUGCCUCCUGGCUCCUUCCAAAUGGAGAUAUGGGCAAUGACAGAUGAUGAGAAGCUGGAAGCCGUACCACACAUCCAUGAGGAGGGAAAUUCACUCUACAAGAGUGGAGAUAUUGAUGAAGCUUCUGAGAAGUACUACAGUGCCAUAGCCUGUCUGAAGAGCUUGCAGAUGAAGGAGCGGCCGGGUGAUGAGACAUGGAUCAAACUUGACAACAUGAUCACUCCUCUCCUCCUCAACUACUGCCAGUGCAAGCAGCUCCAGGGCCAGCACUAUGAGGUCUUGGACCACUGCUCUUCUAUCAUCAACAAAUAUGAUGAUAAUGUGAAGGCAUAUUUCAAACGGGGUAAGGCUCAUGCAGCAGUAUGGAACGAGCCAGAGGCGAGAGCUGACUUUGCCAAAGUGGUUGCAUUAGACCCAUCACUGGAACCCUCAGUUGCAAAGGAGUUGAGAGCAAUGGAGGAACGCAUCCGUGAAAAAGAGAAAGAGGAGAAAGGACGCUACAAGAACCUCUUCGGCUACAGUGGCAAAGCCUCUGCUGCAGCAACCAUGGGCUGAACCAAAGAUGAACUUUAAAUUUCCCACUUAUAAGGAGAGAUGGAGUUGUAAGGCCACUGUUACGUUGGAGAACAUGCACUCUGAUAAAUAUAUCCCUCAAAAGUCCAUGUAACCCAUCUCUUACACCUUUGGCUUUCUUUCUCCAAACACCACAAUCUUAUUGUUUAUCAUUUCCUCAUGUCCUAUUGGUAAACUGAUGUGUGAAGUGAGAUCAACCAAUGUCUUAGUGCAUAGUUUUGAAAAGCCAUGCCAUCCAUUUACCCUUUGAGUUACCCAACAUUUGAGGAAGUGUUAAAGAAAUGAACACAAAGGUAAUCGUGCAAUUCAAAGUAGUCCAUGGGAACUAGAACUCCUAUGAACCAGGAUUGGGUAAAUACCAGCUCACUGCCUAAACUUGUUAUUUUGUAUAUUUACUCUUAAGACAUCGAUGAUGGAAAUUCUCACAGAACCCGUGCUGUAAGGUCAGUUUGAUCGAAACAAACUUGAAAGAAAAUCUAAAGAUAACAGAAUGCCAAUCUGAUAAAGUAGCAUUUCUACCACUAUAAACCCCAUUUCUGUUAUUCUUAUUUGUAUUAAUCAUGUUUACUAUUCCCCACACUGUUAAUUAUAGUCUAUGUAUGUUAAAUGUUUAAACUUAAGAUGAAGAAAAUAAACAUUAAAUGUCAGGCAUUGGUAGGCCUAUGAAAUACGAAAGUGAAAGACAAUGUUAACACGGUGAUAGCACGUUAAAGAAUCCACUCUCCCAUCAUUGAAAUGAAAAACAUGUUCUCUCUUUUCAUUUUUUUUAGUUGCUUAAUUCAAUUAUCAGUUAUGCAUAUAUGUGUGUGUGUCACUACAAAUAAACUGAUCUUUUCAUAAUGA